AUGACUUUUGGAGCCGCUUGUUCGCCAUAUAUUGCUCAAUAUGUAAAAGAGACCAAUGCCCUAGAAUUUCGUGAGCGUUACCCCAGAGCAGUGAAGGCCAUUAUCGACAACCAUUAUGUAGAUGAUUUUGUUGACAGCUUCGAAACUUCAGCUCGAGCCAUAGAAAUAUCAAUGCAUGUGCGAGAAAUACACAAGUCAGCUGGUUUCGAGUUACGCAAUUUCACAUCGAACUCAAAAGAGGUCGUCGUGGCUCUGGAGGGUAAUUUAGGAAGGAAUGUCAACUUCUGUGAUGAUUUAGCCGAUGUUCAGUUUUGCACGGAAAAGAUUCUAGGCGUGUAUUGGCAUCCUGGUGACGACGCAUUUAAGUUCGAGCUGAAGUUCCAUCGUGUGAAACCAGACAUCAUCAGUGGAGAAAGAUGCCCGACAAAAAGAGAAUUGUUGAGUGUUGUCAUGUCGGUAUACAAUCCCCUGGGGUUGUUAAGUCACUUCAUGGUAACUGCUAAGUUGUUGCUAAGAGAUGUCUGGAGAUAUGAUAUUCGUUGGAAUGAAGAUAUCCCUAAUGGUCUGUACGACAUAUGGAAUAAUUGGCGUGAUGAGUUGAAUAAUGUUGCCAAAGUGAGUGUUCCUAGACACUACUUUAAAAGUAGUUUGCCUGAAAAAGUCGAGUUGCAUGUUUUCGUCGAUGCCAGCGGAGACGCAUUUAGUGCCGUUUCGUAUUGGAGGUCAAUAAAGUCAGAUAGUGAAAUUGAAGUCACCUUUAUAACCUCAAAGACCAAAUGUGCCCCGCUGAAAUCAAUGACUAUACCGAGACUUGAACUACAUGCUGCCGUAUUGGGUACUCGUUUGCUGUGCACCAUCGAAAAGGAACAUUCGGUCAAGGUUUCACGUCGAAUUUGCUGGAGUGAUUCUUCAACUGUCAUCAAUUGGAUAAAUUCUGACAACCGAAGAUAUAAGCCGUUUGUCGCCCAUAGAAUCACAGAGAUUUUAGAUUCCACACGUCCUACCGAUUGGAAAUGGUUGCCUACAAAUUUGAAUGUUGCCGAUGAAACAACAAGAGCAAACAGAAAUAUAGACUUCUCUUUUAAUUCCCGAUGGUACCAAGGUCCACAAUUUUUGCAUCAGCCGGAGGAAGAUUGGCCCGAAAUGAUAUCAAUCUCCAAUGAUGAAACGCCUGAGGAAGAGCUUCGUUCAAAAUUUGUGUUAACGGUCAGUACAAAUGUUGUUAUUGAUUUUAAUCGUUUUUCUUCUUUUCUCAGGAUAAAACGUACGAUGGGUUAUGUCCUGAGAUUCAUCGAACGAUAUUUGAAGAAGAAAAUUGGUGAGGGUGAAAAUUGUCUAACAGUCGCCGAAUUGAAGGAUGCCGAAACUGUUCUUUGCCGCCUAUCUCAACGUGAAAGUUUCGCCUUCGAACUGUGA